CGAACGUCGGUGUAUACGGAGUGUAGCGAUAGAAAUUUCCGUCCUCUCGUCCGGAGCGGUUCACCUGUUUCGAAAAUCGCUCGGGCGGCGAGCGGAAGGGUUUUUUGGAUUUUCCGAACAGCGGAAAAUCGCGAAUUUUUCUGGCAAUUUGGUCGAUUCGUUGGUUAAUCCUCGCGAUGGAUGGUAAUCAGUGGGGUCUUCGAGAGUGCGGGUUUAGUGUACCGUGAUUUGUUUUUUCCGGGAGCGGGAAAUAUGACUGGAAAAUAUACGAGUUAAAGUUAUGGCGCAAUUAAAGCCGGCCAUGCACGCCACGUUCGCGACAUUAUGAAGGGCAAUCGAACGCUGCUGUAGGAUGUGGCGCUUGAUGCUGGUCCUGAUGUGGCGGUGCGCUUCCUCUGCCAUCCCAUCACCGGGCCCGGACUUGUGGAGGUGCCCGGAAAUCGAUUCGCAACCGACGGUGGAAUGUACCUGCGACAUGCCCCACACGUUGAGAUGCACCGGCGACAAGACCGCCCUGGCCAUCAUUGGUGAAACGUUGAGAGAAAAAGCCUCGCAUUCCAUUUCAUUGCUCGAUUGCACCGUGCAAAAUGUGACUUCUAUCACCGAGCCUAUAUUAGACGGAGUCGCCUUGCACGGUUUGGUCAUAUCUUCGGGAGUUUUGAGGAAGAUCGAUAAGAAAGCCUUCGAGAAAUUGGCCGCGCCUUUGCAAGCCUUAGGUUUACCUAAUAACAAAUUAGACAAUGUCCCCACCAUAGCCUUGCAAUCGCUACCGGAGCUCGAUAGGCUCGACCUGUCGGGGAACCAACUGGUGCAUCUAGACAUGAGUUCCUUCGAAGGCCUAAGGAACCUGUCGUUCAUCGAUGUAAGCAACAAUCAAAUAGCCACCGUGACGCCGGACGCUUUCGACGAUUUGCCGCAAUUGAAGACCCUCCGGUUGCGCGCCAAUCGAUUGACGAUGCCGACGGUGGCGAAACUAAACCCCCUACCGACCGUCGAGCAAUUGGAUUUGUCCGAGAAUUCCCUGGUGGGUCCCUUGGGUCCGAUCACUUUCUCCAAAAUGGAGCGAUUGGACGAUCUCCAGCUGUCGCACAACACCCUCAGCAGCAUCAAAAUGGGCUGUUUACGCGGCCUCACCGCCCUCACGUCGUUGAGAUUGCAGCACAACCAAAUCGACGUGAUCGAGGAUCACGCUUUCAGCCAUCUCACCGGCUUGCGGACGCUGGAAUUGGCGCAUAACAGGAUCGUGGCGGUAUCAGGGGCUUCAUUGGCGCAUCUCCAGAAACUCACGUUUCUAGAUCUGCGGCAUAACUUCCUGCGAGCCGUCACGGCCGAUUUAGUGCAGCCUUUGAAGUGCUUGAAAACGUUGAAAUUAGACGAAAACGAUAUAUCAAUAGUGGCUAGCGAUGCUUUCAAACCCACCACCUUAUUAGAACACCUAACUCUUUCCGAGAAUCCGUUGAACUGCGAUUGCAGCUUGAGCGACUUCGCCGAAUGGUUAACCAACUCCACCUUGGACAAAGAUGAUAAAUCGACGGCGGUGUGCACCACGCCGCCUCACCUCGAAAACGGGCUGCUCGCGGAGAUGCCGAGCUACACUCUCGUCUGCGGCGACGACGACGACACCGUCGCGGCGCCGCUGUCGUCGCCUUUCAAGGCCAAAAUCAACCUGAAGGAGUUCGCGUACGACGGCGAGGAGAUCAGGUUCACGUGGAGCGUCGAGGACGAUUUCACCUCGUACACGUGCGACGCCGUCUUCAUCUACGAAGAGGAGGGGCCGAACGAGGUGCUGGUGGAGUCGCACCCGGUCAAGUGCAAUUCCUCGGAGCAGGAGGACCCGAAGGUGCUGUACGUGACCGUGCCGGAGGUGAGGCAGUUGCGCGCCGACCGCAGCUACCGGUAUUGCAUCGUCCUGUUGGAGGCGGUGCAGGCGGACGACGUGUCGCUGAUACUGGGCUGCUCCGACAUAUUGCCUUUGGUGCGGAUCGAUAGGGUGAAGGUGCAGAAGGUCGUGGGGAGCUUGCCGAAAAUCCUCUCUGUGAUGGCGAAUCUGUCCGAAUCUGGAGUGCUGUCUAUCGACGUUAAAGUGUAUCCGGGCGAGGAUUGCGAGUUGAACGUCGGGAUAUUUGAACGCGGCGCUCUUCUGUCGCAAAGAACGAUUAAUUGUUUGAAUCCGACGUACAGUUUCUUCGGUUUGCACUCGGACGGACCGUACAGGGUCUGCGCUAAUAUAGUCUCCUCUAGUCCUUCGAUAGACGUUAACAAAUCUAAAUGCGCGACGGUGUUCAAACCGGUCUCUGGAGGAGGCUUCACCGGGCUCGACUUGGCUUUCGUCGUGGUGUUUCUUGUUCUGUGUAUCGUGGUGAUAGCGCUCGUGUGGGGAAUGAAGAAGAUAUUAAUGAAAUCGAAGAUGCAAACGCACCAGUGCUAUUUGCCGCCCGAUUGCGACGAGCACGUCCAGCAUAAUAGAUACGUCAAGCUUCAAGCCACAACGAAACUAUAAAUUGUUAUGUUUUUUUUUCUUGUUAAACGGUGCCAUAAAAUUAGUACUCGGUGUGGCGAAUUGAUUCCUAGCAUGCUUUGUAUUGUGAAAAAAAUGUGUUGCGUAUAACGUGGUUAUUCUUUAUUUGAUAAUACUUUAAAAGUAUUGUAUAUUUUUUUUGUUAAAGUUGACUGAAUAGUGAAUAAUCGACAAGCCAUGAAAAAUAGAACAUUGGUUUCAUUUUGUUAUUAAAAUUGAGACUAAAAUUUAAAAUAUACUCUUCUACACUACUACUAUAAUUGUAAUAAAUUAGAUAGUGCAUUGAUUAACGUUACUGAUUUAUAAUAUUAAAUAUUUAUGUUAUUUGAUUAAUUCGACUGAUUUUUUUUACUUGUAUAAAUCUAAUUCCUGAUAUAAUUCGCGUUUACUAACGCUUGGUUUGUUGCGUUAAACUGUUAUCUGUCGCCUGUGAAAAAUU